ACCAAGCAUCAGGGGAUAUUCGAUUGCAUGUGCUGCGACACUGUUUGUACUGGUGUUGUUCUCAUUUUUAAAACGUAUCCAGUGUAACGAGUAUUGUUCAUUAAUAGUGUGAGGUAGGACCAAGUUUCAAGUUAGCUAUAAAACAAUUCAAGACAUAAUAAUUAUAAUAGCUGUGAUGGCUAAUGUUUCUGGAUGGGACUAUGAGGAUGUAGACGGAUAUGAAGUAGUGAGUGGACAGGAGAGAUCCAGCGCCUACUACGAGACCAUACUUCCACCACUGCCUGCCAGAGAAAAAGGAAUGGUUAGCUAUUCUGUACGUGGUAACCCUUCGUAUCAAGUGAAGACACAAGAAGAGAUGUCACUAACAAAUCAGUUGUAUCCAUCUCUGUCACCAACCCCAUCAUACGAUUUUCUACCAUCCAAUCACAAAUUCAAGACAGUGAAAAAGCAGGUUUCACCUAACCCUUUGAAAGAUUCUGUUGAUUCAAGCAUCAAAAGUGUGCCGUCUCUAUCUGGCUCACGAGAAGGUGUUAUAGCUGAAGUAGAGAAAUCGCUCUCUUCCAUUCAUAAGUCCCAAUCUUUGGACUCUGAAGCCAAAGAUCCCCAGGCAGUGAACAAGCUUAAUGUGGCAACUCCUACUGGAUACAACCUCAUGGACGUAUUCUCCAAUGGAAACAUAAUCUUUAUACUGCCUAGAGGCAGUGAAAAACGUCUUCCUUUAACUACCAAUGGCAAAACAAUUCGCGGUGGUGGAACAUUCAAUGAUGACAGUAAAUUUGAGGUAACAAUUCCACGUAGGCACUCAACUGAGUGUGUUGUAGCCCUGAGGAGUGUGAAGUACUCUGAGAGAUACCUGUGCAUCAACAGUAAAGCAAAGAUUAAGCUACACGAUGGAUACAAAGACAGUUGCGAUUUCUUUGUAAACGAGGUUUCUUCUUCGUUUGUCUGCUUUGAGUCAGCUCGAACUGAUGGAUUCUACUUGGGUAUCAAAGCCAAAAACACAGUCUCCGAUGCGAGUAAUAUCACAUCCGACUCCAUGGAAGCCCAUUUCACAAUAAUAGCAGAUACAUUUUUAAAUUCCAUUCCUUCUUCAAAGCUCACAGCAUUUGGUGAAGACUCACUAAUGAACCAUGUUCAAGAUAAAAAUGUGAUUCGCCUCUACUCUCAUCGAAGGUAUCUGGGUGUCGACAAGAAGGGAAGGGUUAUGCAGAAUCACAAUUCAGAAAAUCCAGACUGUUGGUUCUUGUUAUUUGACCGUGGCAUGGGAAUUGUCUCAUUACGAAGCUACAAGCACUCGGCGUACUGGUUACGAGUUCUUGACGGUCAACUUCUGGUGAUGAAGGGAGUAUUUGGACCUGAUGCACUGUUCUACGUAAAGGAAUCGGCUGAGCAUUUAGUGUGCUUUGAGUCAGUCCUGCAACCUGGAAUGUUUGUGGUACCACCUUUGCACAACACAGCCACUACACUGUCACCACAAUUCACACUCGAGAUUGUAAUAUUACCACAGAUGUAGAGUUAACAUGCUUCAAUUUAUACGGUGACGGAUACGUGUAUAUAUGGCUUGAUUUCCUUAUAGGACAACUUAUAGUAAUAAACGACUUUUAUUGUUAUAAUCAACUUAUGCAUGGUCCUAAA